UUAGCAUCCUGAGCUGCUUUGGAUUCUAGCCCUAAAGACUGCCCUCCAAGUUCAUCAUGUCAAAACUCAAAAGCUCAGAGUCAGUCCGGGUGGUGGUCCGCUGCCGGCCCAUGAAUGGCAAGGAAAAGGCCGCUUCUUACGACAAGGUGGUGGAUGUAGACGUGAAGCUGGGACAGGUGUCUGUGAAGAACCCCAAAGGCACUGCCCAUGAGAUGCCCAAGACCUUCACCUUUGAUGCAGUCUAUGACUGGAAUGCCAAGCAGUUUGAACUCUAUGAUGAGACCUUCCGACCACUUGUGGACUCCGUACUGCAGGGUUUCAAUGGGACCAUUUUUGCCUAUGGACAAACGGGGACUGGGAAAACUUACACGAUGGAAGGAGUCCGUGGUGACCCUGAAAAAAGAGGGGUUAUCCCCAACUCAUUUGACCAUAUCUUCACCCACAUCUCUCGGUCACAGAAUCAGCAGUACCUGGUCAGGGCUUCUUACUUAGAGAUCUACCAGGAGGAGAUUCGGGACCUGCUCUCAAAGGACCAGACUAAACGGCUCGAACUCAAAGAGAGGCCCGACACUGGAGUAUAUGUCAAAGACCUGUCUUCCUUUGUCACCAAGAGCGUCAAGGAGAUUGAGCAUGUGAUGAAUGUGGGGAACCAGAACCGAUCUGUAGGUGCGACCAACAUGAAUGAGCAUAGCUCCCGCUCUCAUGCCAUCUUCGUUAUCACCAUUGAAUGCAGCGAGGUGGGCCUUGAUGGGGAAAACCACAUCCGUGUAGGGAAACUGAACCUGGUAGAUCUUGCUGGCAGUGAACGGCAAGCCAAGACUGGUGCCCAAGGGGAAAGACUGAAAGAAGCCACCAAGAUCAACCUGUCCCUUUCGGCCUUGGGGAACGUCAUCUCCGCCCUGGUAGACGGCAAAAGCACUCAUAUUCCCUAUCGAGACUCAAAGCUCACCAGGCUUCUCCAAGAUUCCCUUGGUGGCAAUGCCAAGACUGUGAUGGUCGCCAAUGUGGGGCCUGCCUCUUACAAUGUAGAAGAGACUCUGACCACCCUGAGAUAUGCCAACCGUGCCAAAAACAUUAAGAACAAGCCUAGGGUCAAUGAGGACCCAAAGGAUGCCCUCCUUCGAGAAUUCCAGGAAGAAAUUGCUCGGCUCAAGGCCCAGCUGGAAAAACGCUCCAUUGGCAAGCGGAAGAGGCGAGAGAAGCGGAGGGAAGGUGGUGGCAGUGGUGGGGGUGGGGAAGAGGAGGAGGAGGAGGGAGAAGAGGGUGAGGAGGAAGGGGAUGAUAAGGAUGAUUACUGGCGGGAACAGCAAGAAAAACUGGAGAUUGAGAAGCGGGCUAUUGUAGAGGACCACAGCUUGGUAGCAGAGGAGAAGAUGAGGCUGCUGAAGGAGAAGGAGAAAAAGAUGGAGGACCUUCGGCGGGAGAAGGAUGCUGCUGAGAUGCUGGGCGCCAAAAUCAAGGCCAUGGAGAGUAAACUGCUUGUUGGAGGAAAAAAUAUAGUAGACCAUACAAAUGAACAGCAGAAAAUCCUGGAGCAGAAACGGCAGGAAAUUGCAGAGCAGAAACGUCGAGAAAGAGAAAUCCAGCAACAGAUGGAAAGUCGAGAUGAGGAGACCCUGGAACUUAAAGAGACAUAUAGCUCAUUGCAGCAAGAGGUGGACAUCAAAACUAAAAAACUCAAAAAGCUCUUCUCCAAGCUUCAGGCAGUGAAAGCUGAGAUCCACGACCUCCAAGAAGAACACAUCAAGGAGCGCCAAGAGCUGGAGCAGACUCAGAAUGAGCUCACCCGGGAGCUAAAGCUCAAGAGACCUGCAGCCGACUCCUCUUGCUGGAGGGAGUCAGGGAAGAAGAUGACAUGUGCCGAAAACAUUGUGCUCUUAGAGCUGGACAUGCCUAGCCGGACUACCAGAGACUAUGAAGGCCCAGCCAUUGCUCCCAAGGUCCAGGCUGCACUGGAUGCAGCUCUGCAGGAUGAAGAUGAGAUACAAGUGGAUGCAUCAUCCUUUGAAAGCACCACAAAUAAGAAAUCCAAGGCCAGGCCUAAGAGUGGCAGGAAGUCGGGGUCCUCAUCCUCAUCCUCAGGAACCCCUGCAUCUCAGCUUUAUCCACAGUCUCGGGGGCUGGUUCCCAAGUAACACCAGUGCCCCCUCUCCCAGGCUGUGAACAGCAUUGCCUUCUGAGAGAAGAGAUGAGCACAAAGCUGCAGAGAGGACUUGAGCCCAAACUCAGAACCAUUCCCCUGAGGAGAAGUGAUGGCCUCUUUGCAGAUUAGCCAAUUUAAUCUGGUGGAAUGUGCUGGUCCAAAUCUGGCACUCAGCUCCUCUGGGAAACGCCCUUUAAAUUGCAUCUCAGAAAUGCAUGGGUAAGGUAAAGUGCAAAGUCUAAGUAGACUGCAAGAGAUUGACCAUGACCUUGCUUCCUUUCUUCCUUGCCUUCCUCCUUUCCUUUUCCCUCUCCUUUUCUAGCCUAUUCUUCACAUUCGGCUCCUUUCUUAUUAAACCAUAGGGUAGAGUCAAUGGUCUCUCAGGACCAUGUAUGGUGGAGCCUCAGUUUAAAAUGACAAUGAGGUCAAACAUGAAAGCCCUGGAACUUGAGUAGGUAUCUGUUCUUGUACGGGGAAAUGAGAAAUCUCAUGUGGAUCAAAGCCCUAAGGGGGCAUGACCAGCAAUCUAACUUCUGUGGGCCUCAGGAAGAACUGGAUCUGUAUUUGGGAUCUGCUGAGUGAGGGGAUAUCUCCCAGUCCCUGAUCCCGAAGGGCUUAUUGCCAGAAGCAGAAGAAAGAGCAUUCAUUCCCUUUGCCUCCUUGGAGACUCAAGGGACCAGUUUCUUUAAAAUCUCAACACCAUGACCAUUGUCAGAGACCUGUCUAUAAGCUGGUGCCAUGUUCAUUCACCAUGUCACUUUACUCUUCCUUUGUCACCAUCUUUCCCUGUGCCUCCAUACUCGAGUGUCCUCCAGUAGGUCCACCCUCUGCCUCCAGAGUGUGCUCUGCAGAGGGUCUGUUUUGUAGAAGGGAUGCUGACUGACUUCUCUGAAUGUGAUUAGAGUUGGGAGAAAGCCACAUAUAGGGACAUUUUUGAAGUCCUUGUUUUGUUACAUAUUGGCAGAACAGAAGGGUAAGUAGGCAGAUGCAGAGGUAGAGACAGAGACAGGAGACUCAGAGCUGGGGGUGGGGGAAGACAUAUAGAUGGAAACAAAAGAAUGCCAGAAUGCUGCCUGCCUUCAGCUUAAAACUCCUAGAACUGUGGCUCUGCCAGGUAAACUGAAGGGGCUCAAAAGGAGAGGCUGGGUAGCUGAAUAGGCUCAGAGGAGAGAGUUCACAAUUCCCGUUUACAUAGACUAGUUGGUUUUGUUUGUAAGUUUUAGUUCUUUGUAUUAUUGAGAUUCGAAACUUUGUUUUAUGUUGGUCGUUAAGUGAAAAGUUAUUCAUUUCUCCCCCAAGAGAAGCUCAUAAAAAGGUGUGGGUGUAUGAGCACAAUGGGGCCCGUUCUCUCUGUCCACAGUGUGUGUGUAAGAGAGACAGAAACCAAGAACUCACCCAGUUGUAGAAAUACACUAAUGUGCAGUUGUUGCCCAUUGAAUGACUAAUCCAGGCUGGAAAGUGUUUCCACAUGGGUGUCUGAGUCCAUGAGUCAAGCCUCAGGGGACAGACUGAGUCCCCAUGUCUGUCACACUGGUGCACCUUGCUGGCACGGUGCCUCAGGAAGGUGGCAGCUCAGGUGGGCCUUGAGUAACAUUUUAACUCAGCUGCUCAGUCCCGAGGACACAUUUCUGGAUCAGAACCUGUGGGAACCAGGAGGGAGCCAAGUGCAAUGUCUGAGCAUUCUGCAGAAUAGAGAUCCGCCUGCUGUCUGUAGUGUAUAUUUUCCUCAGUAACCAUUUCUUCAGACCCCAGGACCCCUAGUCAGCAGUUCCCAGGACAUAAUGCAACCAUCCCUCAUCUUUCCUUGGGACCAAACCCGAUUUCUUCCUUAUGUGUUGAGAAUUUGCCUGCUUAAAUAGAAACCAAAUGAUGAGCUGUGUGGCCUCAGACAAUUAUCUGCUGGUGACAUGUGUUCCUCACACCACAUUUCUUUACAGCUAGUCUGAAAAUGUAGCAAACCUGAGAACUGAAAACUGCAGAUAACGCUAUACCUUAAUACUGAUGUUUCAAGGUGGCUCUAGAGACCCAGGGUAGUUAAGUGACAUGUAGAACCUUUCCAAGAAGGCACAAGAAGCAGCCAGGCUGACCGGCAAGACCCAUACAGCCUUGCUUUGUUCUGCUGUGUUCAGAUAGUGGUCCGUGAGGACUCAGUAGAAGGACCUGCCCAUGUGGAGCUGAACAUGUUUCUUCCCAAGCAGUCUCUGGUGCUUUUCUUCUCUCAAAAUGGAUCCGACAAAUACUUGAGUAGAACAGAUGGUAAAACGUCUUGCUGCCACCAGAACGCUGCUGCUUUCGGUUCUGAAUUGAGCCUAAUGUGUAGCAGGUUUUCAUAUCUGUAGUCCUGGUAGGAUAUCCUGCCAGUGGCAGUUAGUGAAGUCUGAAAGAAGUCUUCAGCAGGAUAGAAGAAGACCAUCUGGGAGAAGGAAUUUGAGACUGUGUAUGCAACUCUCUUAUCAGAAUGUAUCUAGCUUUAUACUUUCAAGUCACACAUCUCCCAGACCCCUGGAUUCAGAACCCAAGGAUGCAGAAUCAAGGAUCAUAGGCAUGAAGCACUUUCUAAGGACUGACAUAGUUUCGAAUUGUUCCCCGUCUCCUGCCUGCAUGCUGUUUGAAUGCUCCACCCACACCUCCAUGACCAAGGGCGCCAGAGUGUUCUACAGCUCAGGCCUGGGCUGCUCUCUGCUUUUCCCGUCUGACUCUUAUAAGUCCUCCCUCACUGAAUGUAGACUCAUUGCCAAGUUCCUGAGAAGUGUCAAUUCCCUGUUAACACGGGACAUCACUGUACCUCACAUUGCCCACUUGAGGUCCAGGUGUAUUGUCAACAACCCUGUGGACCACCCUGACAUCACCAGUGGAUGAGACUGGGGCGAUUAAUACACUCUAAAAGCCAUACUUAAAGUGUUCGGAGAGAACUAGAUAAGAAUAGGGUGUCUGGCAGUUGUCUUACCAUGCAAGGCUCUGUCUUGUAUUGUUUCGAAACCUGGCACCUCUCUCCCUGCCCUUCUUUUUUGAAUGGAAUGCUUCUGAGGUUAUUUUGGAAAAUAACAAUCCUGGGCAGGAUCCUGGGCAGGAGGUGGUGGGCUCUAUGGCUCCUUGGAGUUACUAUUGAUCUUGACCUUCUCUUUGGCUACCUUUAGACAAAGAAUUUGCCAAUACUUGGGGCUCUAAGUUUUACAAUUGAUAUUUAUUUGUGUCAUCUCUUUGUCUAGGAAUGUAAAAGUGAUUCUAAACUAAGAUGUGUAAUAAAAAUCAAUCAGAUUUAUUGUACCUACAAAAAAA